GCCGGGGGAAGAAGCUGGGCUGCUCCUCGUCCUGUCCCUGGUCCCUCCAUGCCUCCGUGUGGCCCCUCACUCGUCCCCUCGCCCCGCGGGGCCCAGUAACCAUGGCCGCGGUGGCCGUCCUCCGCAACGACACCCUCCAGGCUUUCCUCCAGGACCGCACCCCCAGCGCCUCUCCGGACCCGGUGAAGCCCUCGCCCCUGGCGCUGCUGGCCGCCACCUGUAGCCGGGUCGGCCAACCGGGGGCCGCGGCCCCUGCGGAUUUCCUGCAGGUGCCCUACGACCCGGCCCUCGGCUCGCCCUCCAGGAUCUUCCACCCGUGGACCACCGACAUGCCGGCUCAGUCGCCCGGGGGGCUCCCACCGCCCGGCCUGGGGUUGACCCCGCAGAAGAGCCACCUGCAGCCGUCCUUCGGGCCGGCCCACGAGCUGCCCCUGACACCACCGGCGGAUCCCACCUACCCCUACGACUUCUCUCCGGUCAAGAUGCUGCCCUCGCCCAUGGCCGGUUGCCCGCCCAACUACGUGCCCUACGGUGGGCAGGCCGCCUUGCCCCCGGGCUACUCCAACCUGCCCCCGGGCCCCCAGCUGGGCCCGGCCACCGAGGACCUGCCCUGGUGGAGCAUGGGGCCCGGGCAAGCGCGCUUCCCCGCCCUACAACGCGGCCUGGUGCUGGGCCCCUCGGAGCUGGCACCGUACCAGAGCCAAAUCGCCGCCCUGCUGCAGCACAACAAGGCCCCGUUGGCGGCCAGGAGGUGCCGCCGCUGCCGCUGCCCCAACUGCCAGGCGGCGGGCGGCGGAGCCGCCAGGCCCGACCUCGAGUCGGGCAAGAAGAGGCAGCACGUGUGCCACAUCCCCGGCUGCGCCAAGGUCUACGGCAAGACUUCGCACCUCAAGGCCCACCUGCGCUGGCACACGGGCGAGCGCCCCUUCGUCUGCACCUGGCUCUUCUGCGGCAAGAGCUUCACCCGCUCCGACGAGCUGCAGCGGCACCUGCGGACCCACACGGGCGAGAAGCGCUUCGCCUGCCCCGACUGCGGCAAGCGCUUCAUGCGCAGCGACCACCUGGCCAAGCACGUCAAGACCCACCAGAACAAGAAGCUCAAGGCCGCGGAGGCGGGGGUCAAGCGCGAGGACCCCCGGGACCUGUGACCAUCCGCCCACCCCCAGGACCCCCCUCCCCCGGGGACUCAAGACCGGUCCGGGGGACGAGCCCAUCGGCGGCUCCC